UUUUCAUUUCUUUGGCAGAAAAUAUUCAGAAAAGAAAUUUUACUUAAAAAAUGUUAAUUCAACUGUGCCGCAAAGUUCUUACAGAUCAAGUUAAUAAUGUAAGAGCUCUUAGAACCAUCCACACGACAGUUGUCAACAAAACAUUUUGGGAGAAGGAAAAGAAAUCAGGAUAUGCACAAAAAUAUCCACUGACCAGUAAAAAAAUGAUUCUUGAUGGAUUGAAGGAAUUUAAGAGUGAAUUAAAUCUUUGGAAAGAGGAAAUGAAAGAAAAAUUUGAGUCUGAUCCUAUUUUGGUGUUUCGACCAGGUGAAAUUGAUGUUAUUUGGAAGUUUUCCGAGGAACAAGAUCUUGACAAAUGGGUUGUUACAUCAGAUAAAGAUCAUAAUCAAGGAUUGAGUGUUGCUUCGUUUGAAAGAAGUCCUGCAGGUUUUGGACUUUUCAGCGGAAAUCUUUCAUCUGAGUUACCGAUUGAUGGUCGUAUAAAGAAGGCUGGAUAUUGUAACAUUAAAUCGAUGCGACAAAGAAAAUCAUUUAAGAGAGAAACGUCUUUCGACUGGUCAACAUACAAUACUUUAGUAAUGCGAGUACGUGGUGAUGGUCGUCCUUAUUUAAUUAACUUAUCAUGUGAAGCAUAUCACGAUAUGACAUGGAAUGACAUUUAUCAUUACAUUCUUUACACUCGUGGAGGUCCCCAUUGGCAAGUCACCAAAAUACCAUUCUCAAAAUUUUUCUAUGCUUCCAAAGGACGUGUACAAGACAAACAAGUUGCCUUUCCUGUAGAUCGUGUGACAAGUGUAGGAUUUUCAGUGUCUGGAAGAGCUGGUUAUGAUGGUAACUUCAGUUUGGAAGUCGACUACAUUGGCUUGGAAUUUGAUCCACAUGAAACUGAAGAUUUUGCUUAUGAAACUUAUAAAGUUGAUAAAUAUAUUGUACAAACUUAGAUAGUUAAUUGUAGAUUACAUUUUAAUUGAUAAAUAAAUUUAUCGAAAUAAA